AUGCAGUCAGUAUGUUAUUGUAUAACCACAAAUUCCCAAGCGGCAGCUGUAAUCAAAGUGGACAUAGAAAUCUCGACCUAUUUACUCAGAACACCUACUGUCACACGCUGUUUACUUCCUCGUUGGAAGGCAUCUCGCUGGUUACUGCAUGUUACUCCCGAUGAGCGCCGGAAUGUAUUUGCUUUGCUUACAACUUAUAGAAAUCACACAAGAUUGCGACAGUCCGACGGGAUAAAUGGCAAGUAUUUUUACCUUACAAACACUGUGGAGGAGAUUUCAGCUGAUG